CCUCUCCAUCCUUUGGAUGCCGUCUGUCCUUGUUCUUCAUUGGCCCUGCAAGCCCAGGUGGUCAGAGACUUCCCCAAAAUCCCCCUAAGACUCAAUUCAGUAGGUCACCGAAGCAAAGCGGGACCCAGUUGAGGUGCGAGCCGUAUUGUUGAAGGAAUCUGGAGGCCUCUAUAGGCAAACAAGUGGUCUUCCAGAAGGACUUUUUAUUAGGUCACAAGAGUCAGUAUGGGGGCCGGCGCGAGUGCCGAGGAGAAACACUCCAGAGAGCUGGAGAAGAAGCUGAAAGAAGAUGCUGACAAAGACGCCAGGACCGUCAAACUUCUGCUGCUAGGUGCUGGUGAAUCAGGAAAAAGCACAAUUGUCAAACAGAUGAAAAUUAUUCAUCAAGAUGGUUACUCCCUUGAAGAAAGCUUGGAGUUCAUUGUUAUCAUCUACAGCAACACUUUGCAGUCUAUCUUGGCCAUCGUGAGGGCCAUGACCACACUCAAUAUGUCAUAUGGAGAUGCUGCUGCACAGGAUGAUGCCAGGAAGCUGAUGCACUUAGCUGACACCAUCGAGGAAGGCUCAAUGCCCAAAGAGUUAGCUGACAUCAUAUUAAGGUUGUGGAAGGACUCUGGUAUUCAGUUAUGCUUUGAUAGAGCCUCAGAAUACCAGCUCAACGACUCUGCUGGAUACUAUCUGAAUGACCUGGAAAGAUUGAUCCAGCCUGGCUAUGUCCCUACUGAGCAGGACGUACUGCGAUCAAGAGUCAAGACCACUGGUAUCAUCGAGACCCAGUUCUCAUUCAAGGACCUCAACUUCAGGAUGUUUGAUGUGGGUGGUCAGCGUUCCGAGAGGAAGAAGUGGAUCCACUGCUUUGAAGGCGUGACCUGUAUCAUCUUCAUUGCUGCUCUGAGUGCAUACGACAUGGUGCUAGUGGAGGACGAUGAAGUAAACCGAAUGCAUGAGAGUCUUCACCUGUUCAACAGCAUCUGUAACCAUCGCUACUUCGCCACCACAUCCAUCGUACUGUUCCUCAACAAGAAGGAUGUUUUCUUGGAGAAGAUCAAGAAAGCUCAUCUGAGCAUGUGCUUCCCUGACUAUGAUGGUCCCAACACCUUUGAAGAUGCCGGUACCUACAUCAAGAUGCAGUUCUUGGAUCUGAACAUGCGGCGGGACAUCAAAGAAAUUUACUCCCACCUGACCUGCGCCACAGACACAGAGAACGUCAAGUUUGUGUUUGAUGCCGUAACAGACAUUAUCAUCAAGGAAAAUCUCAAGGACUGAGGUCUCUUUUAAAAGAGGUGAGAAUAAUAGCACGAGUUGAUGUAGUACAAUGACGAGAUUUGUCAGAGGCUUACACUAAAUGGAAAAAAGCACAAUUUUGUAAGUGCAAAAUUAAUAAAUGCUAUUGUUAAUUUGAUUUAAGAAUUAUUUAAAAUUUGCCGAUCAGAUCAGCUUUUGCAUUGCCUAAAUAGACACUGCUGUACUAGAUUUGGUCUGGUAACGUAUCGAAAAAGUCCGUUUUGGAAGUUUCUGCUAAAGUAAAAAUGUUGCUUGUUUUCUUACAGAGGGGCUCAGCUUCUUGAACAACACCCAAUAAUAACCCACUGCCCCUUGCCCCAUGUAUCUAAUGAGGAAUUUUCUAACUCACAGAAAAAUAACUGAUUACAACUGAGAGAGGAAACUGUAUUGUUGCUGUCAAGACCUUCAUUUAAACAAAAAUACCCGAGCUCAAUACAUAUGCAUAACAGUAUUUCAUGUACUGCACUGGGGGUGAACUCAUGAGGGGGGCUCUGAUAGUAUUUCACAAGCAAUCUAUUAUGAAGAUCUUCGAGUAUGAGACAUAUGCACUUCGGCAUAAUGUUUUGCAAGAGUACAAUAUGAUACACUCUGAGAAAAACUAGAUGAAAAUUAUAGCAGUUAUUAACUGUGCAAGGUUUAUGCUUUUAAGCGGAUUAAGAAAAUUGUCAAUAUUUUGAUGUUUCAUAAUCAUUUUAUUCACAGAGUAAUAUCAGAAUCUCAAAAGAGAUGGAUGACUUUUAUGAAAAUAUAGCAGGGACCGUUAUUUCUUAAAAAUGCUUAGCUCAGAAACAGUUAAAUAGCUGAUGAUGAAAAUGUUGUACAUUAAUGAAAUUAUGACAUCUAACAUCUCCAUUUAAAGGGCACAAGUGAUUGUAAAAUCACCACCAUGUAAAUCUAAAAUCAAUAAAGCUUAUAUAUGUAGAAAAGACUAAACCUGAUGUAUUGUUUCACUCCUUUCACUGCACAACCUACUG